CUCUGAAAAGAAAUUUUUGAACAGUGAUCCUUAUGUUAACCUGUUUGUCUUUCAGAGAACUGACCUUACAGAAAGGUGACAUUGUCUACAUUCACAAAGAAAUAGACAAAAACUGGCUUGAAGGAGAGCACCAUGGCAGGGUGGGCAUUUUCCCCGCUAAUUACGUGGAGGUUCUGCCUCCAACCGAAAUCCCCAAGCCCAUCAAAGUGCCCUCCAUCCAAGUCUUGGAGUAUGGGGAAGCAGUGGCCCAGUACAACUUCAAAGGAGACUUGGCAGUAGAGCUGUCCUUCCGAAAGGUAUCGAAGUCCACACAUUAGCAGAAAUGUACAUUCUUGCUCAGAGUGGAGCCAGCAACAAAAAGGCUUCAGACCCACCUUCCGUGGCUCGUCUGGGCCCCAGGCCAAUUCAUUCCUCUCCAACAGAUGUGGGGUUUGGUUGGCUGCCUCUGCUUCCAGUCAUAUUUUUAGUGCCUCUAGGAAAAAAUGCAAGGCGCACCUCCUGUGGUGAUGGAACAAUGUCGUAAAUAAUGUCAUACUGCCACUUUUGAACAUCAGCGCUGAAACCUGCCAUCUGAAAAGAGGCUGGGUUGAACAGAGCCAAUGGCACAGCUGGCUUUGCUGAGUUUUGAUCAUCCUGUAGCAUCUUAUCACUCUUGCUAAACUCUCCACCAAAAGGAAAAAAAUAUUUUGCUAAAGAUAAAGAGAGAAAGAUGAGCCUGGCAGAUGGUUUGGGUUGCUGUACAGCUUUCCUGUGCAUUUAUCCAUCUGUUUUUGGUGGGCAGGGAUAUUAGACAAGGGAGCUCCAAUCAUCUUGGGAUUACAAUUCCCUUUUGUUGCUUUGUUUGGCUGAGAUCAAUUGGGCACUGAACUUGCUCCGUUUAAAUGCUUUGCUCUGAAUUCAUGUUUCAUUGAAAGAGAGACAUAGCAAUUAGUAGCUUCUGUAGAAAGAACAGAGGACAUGGAUUUGCAAAAUCAAGUUGGUUGUUUAGUUGCUGAACAAAUGUUCCGCUCCACAGCACUUAGGAUUUUAUACACCUUAAGAACAUUUAUAACAAUAAUAUUUGAGAGGGGCAUUCUCUUCCCCACAGUUGGGGAUCUGGGCCACUGUUGACCUUUUGGAGAAAAGA